AUGCUCACAGCAGUAAUAAUUGCAACGGGAAAUUCGGCUGGUGCUAAACUGAGGUGCUUGUACACGAAUGCCCAAAGCCUCCUAUCGAAACUAGACGAAAUAAAACUUAGCCUUGUUGAGCUGUCUCCAGAUGUUUUAGCAGUAACUGAGACCUGGCUGUCCGGGACUAUUAGCGAUAACGAAGUAGCCUUGCCUGGAUACCAAAUUUAUCGGAGGGACAGGGAACAUCGUCAGGGUGGUGGUAUCGUUGUGUAUGUGAAUGACGGUCUGGCAGUGUCGGAUAACACCACCAAGUUUGUGUGCAGUACGGAAGCUAUCUGGUUGACCAUCAAGGCUACCGGUUCCCCGUGUCUCGAUGUCCUCAUUGUCUACCGAUCACCUCGGACAGACCGAAUCGCCGACACUCAACUAUUGGAGCAGUUGGAGAAAUUUUCCAGUCGACCUAACAUCAUGAUCAUGGGCGACUUCAACGCACCAGGAACAAACUGGAAUACCCUCCAAGCGUCAGGUCCAAAAUCGGCAUUCGAUUACCGCCUGUCUAACAAGACAUUAAAUGCGUGCCUCACACAACAUGUAAUGUUCCCAACGAGAACACGUGAAGGACAAAGGGCAAACUGCCUGGAUCUGGUCUUUACGAAAACACCAGACAGCAUAGACGAGAUCGCAUCCAUGCCGCCCCUUGGCCGAAGUGACCACGUAGUGCUUAUGUGGGAUUAUUCGUUAUUCUCCAUUUUACACACUCCAGGCCACAAAAGGCGUAAUGUUUGGCGGGGCGAUUUCAAUCAGAUGAGGGCAGACUUAUCCGGUCUUGACUGGGGCUCUUUGUUUACGGGAAGUGCCAACGAUGACUGGGAGCUGUUCAAGAAUGUCCUUCUGCAGCUCAUCAACAACCACUGCCCACUGACUAGUGUAAGACUGAACAAACGCCCUGGGUGGCUAAAUAGCUACCUCAAAAAAGAAAUCAACAGGAAGCCUAAAUUGUGGAGAAAAUACUGCGUCACUAGACAAGCUGAAUGCUUCAACACCUACAAGACACAGAGUAACAAACUGAGGAAGCUGAUAAUUCAGACGCGGCGGGAAUUCGAGAAGAACUUGCUACAAAAAGCAACGCAGAACCCAAAAUUACUCUACAGCUACCUCCGACGAACUACAAGGAACAGGCAUCAAAUCCCCUUGAUAAAGACUACUGAUGGCGUUGAGAUCGCUGAUAGUAGGGAUAAAGCUGCGUAUUUUUCACGGUUUUUCCAAUCAGUCUAUACAAACGAGGCAAUGUUCCUUCCUCCCUCCACAGAAGAACUGCCGACUUCAAGCGUCAGUGAUAUACUCUUCUCAAAAGGCAUUGUCCGAAGAGAAUUAGAGGCAUUGAACGAAUCGAAGUCGCCAGGACCAGACGAGAUACCAUCCAAGCUUCUGAAGGAACUUGCCCGUGAGCUCUCUGUGCCUUUGUCGAUGCUCUUUCAAACGUCAUUUGACACUGGAACACUUCCUGUCAAUUGGAAGCUGGCGCAUAUUACUCCGCUACACAAAGGAGGUAACAGGGCAGCGACGACAAAUUACCGGCCCAUAAGCUUGACAUGCAUUCUCUGCAAAGUUAUGGAAAGGAUCAAAAAGACUGAACUGACGCAAUUCCUGGAAGUUCACGGCCUGCUAUCGAAAUGCCAACAUGGGUUCCGAAAAGGAAGAUCCUGCACGACAAACCUGCUGCAAUCUCUCCAGAGCUGGACCCAAGCUCUCGACGACAGGCACGCGGUCCACAUAGCCUUCAUCGACUUCCAGAAGUCUUUCGACACUGUGCCACACCAAAGGCUCUUACAUAAGCUGAAAAAAGUAGGGAUCGGUGGCAACUUCCAUAAAUGGAUCGAAAACUUCCUUGUGGGUCGACACCAGGUUGUAUGCGUCGGUCGGGGAAAAUCAGAUCCGGCUAUGAUCGAAAGUGGUGUCCCCCAGGGUUCAGUACUGGAACCCAUUUUGUUCCUUAUCUACGUGGACGAUGCCGCAAGAGAUUUGGACUGUGAAGAAGCAAUGUUUGCGGACGACAUGAAGAUAUGGAGUGUAAUUCGUGGUCCUGCCGAUGAAGACAGACUGCAGAUGAACCUGAAUCGGUUGGAGGAGUGGUCAAACCGUUGGCUCCUGCGGUUCAACGUUGCCAAAUGUAGCAUACUUCGCCUAGGCAACACAGCCAGAUCCGCCAGCACAAGAGGCUACUUUCUGGGCGGUGCAGCCCUACAGAGGUCGAAGCCCAAAAGGACCUCAGUGUGCUUACGACGAGUUCCCUAA